AUGGAAACCACAACCUCCAGACGAGACAACACAAAGGCAGGUCACCCAUCACUAUGUGCAGAGCCUGCUCGACUAGACAAAUUUACCAUCCUUGAAUUAGCGCGCUUACCCAGUAUCACGAGGGAAGUGAUGGUUGAAGAUUGGCUGGAGAGCGUAUACGGCAAAACGACUGCACCAACAAGAUCACCUUCCGAGCUAUUAGGACCCACAAAAGAGUCGGUAUACGGCUCGGACGAGCUCCUCGAGACCUCCAGCUCACGAGACUGUUCGCCUAACGAGGGACGAGAUCUAGCUUCUCGCCCACCAACUACCACAGAGACGAGCACUCCCUGUGAUGUGGAUACUACCUACAUUCAUCGAGCGAAAACUGUACAAGUGGCGAAAAUGGGCCACGGAAUCGGUAUAAUCACAAUGACUAUCUUGUGGAUCGCCAAAUUCACAAUCUCCGAGUUCCUCAAGCGCCUCACAAGUCAUGUUUGGAAAGAUUCGUAUGAGUUCUGUCUACAAUGCAUCCGUUGGUUCCUAGCCGUUACCUUCGUCGCUGUGGUCAUCGCGACUCUCUCCGAAUGUCAACCUUUCAGCCACUACUGGCAAGUAGUCCCAGAUCCAGGAGCGAAAUGCAGGCAAGGCACUGCUCAACUCAUUACCAUGGGUACGAGCGAUGUCAUUACCGAUCUUUUGAUCGUGGGCUUCCCAAUACCCAUUGUACUCAAAUCUGCCAUGAAUACGAAGCGAAAAAUCUCGCUGGUCCUCCUCUUCGCGCUCUCUCUCAUACUCGUCGCCAUCACCCUUUAUCGUGUCGUCAGUGUGAUAGAUCGUCAUUAUGAUCAACGAUUCCGCUCGCUUCUGGCCUCCCUCGAAAUCCUUGCCGCUGCUGCAGUCUCCAACGCACUUGUUCUAGGCUCAUUUGUCCGUGACCGUGGCGCCAAAAAGCAGCGCUUUCGUUUUGGCAGCACCGGUGGACACAGUAGCUUGGAUCGCUCAACUACUGCUCCUCGUCGAGCUAUCACGGCAAGAAAUUGGGGCAGUGAUGCCGAUCUCGUGGGCGACCUAGGCAUGAGAUUAGAUCCUGAGCUGACCGAAAAACCGUCAACUAUUGCAAGACCAGCACCUGUAGCUAUGUCACUACACUCGACAUCAAACAUCAAUACCUCAGAUCUCGUUGACAGGAGUUGGACUUUCCCAACUCGUGCAUCUGUUGAGACAGAUGAAACUGACAUGAAGUCUCCAGGACCUAUCCUUGAAUCACAGCCAAGCCCCACUGAGAUACCGACUACACCCCGCCGUAUGUCAUUCUUUGAUGUCGGCGGUCUGCUUGGUGAGAACGACCCACCUCAAGUCCGUCAUCGACGAUCAAUGGCGGUAUACCAGCAACGGCCCUCUACCUUACCAUCGUCAGGCUUGCAUCCGCAUGCAGCUGGGUCAAGGAGAGGUAGCCAUGCUCUGCUCCAGGACAUUGGCGGACUGAUUGAACAUGCGCCACAAUCGCCUCGGACUACCACAUUGCGCCCGCCGCCAGGUUCUCAAAAUUCUGACUUGAUAGAGGCCUUACAGUCUACACCACCUAAUUCCUCACCUCGACCCUCCGUACCUCCAGCUCAGCGACGAGGCGAGUCACCUGGACUGCAAGAUAUCGGCGGCUUACUAUCACCCUCCCCACAAACUACGAAUGCACGCCCAGCUCCGAGUUCUCAACACUCUGGACUAAUAGAAGCACUGCAAUUUACGCCGCCAAGUUCAUCGCCCAUUUUGUCGCCAAAGCCCUCCGCAUUCCCUCCUCAAAGACGGCGUGGCUCACAGGGACUGCAGGAUGUCGGAGGCUUAUUAUCUUAA